AAGUAGUGUUUGUGCAGUAUGUGAUUUUGAAUGGGGGCAGCUGAUGAAAAGGGGUUAUCAAGAACACCGCUUCAUUGAUCUGUAUGCCUUUAGAGAAACGAGAAAUGGAAGCGGAGGAAGAGGUUAUUGGAAAGCUUCCUGUUAUUUUGCUCUUGUGGCAUUAUCUUUCAGUGGUGCUAUUGGGCUGACUUUUCUUAUGCUGGGAUGUGCCUUGGAAGAUUAUGGCGUUUACUGGCCCUUGUUCGUCCUGAUUUUCCACGCCAUCUCCCCCAUUCCCCAUUUCAUUGCCAAAAGAGUCGCUUAUGACUCUGAUGCAACCAGUAGUGCCUGUCGGGAACUGGCAUAUUUCUUCACUACUGGAAUUGUUGUUUCUGCCUUUGGAUUUCCUGUUAUUCUUGCUCGUGUGGCUGUGAUCAAAUGGGGAGCCUGUGGCCUUGUGCUGGCAGGCAAUGCAGUCAUUUUCCUUACAAUUCAAGGUUUUUUCCUUGUAUUUGGAAGAGGAGAUGAUUUUAGCUGGGAGCAGUGGUAGCACUUUAUUCUGAUAGAAUGCAUCGAAUCUCUUAGAAUUCAUACUGUAUGUAUUAUGUGCACACAUGUGGCAUUUUACUAUGGAAUUGAAUAUGCUGUCUUUUUUAUAUCUAUAUAUCAUGUUCACUUUAAGGAAGACUUCAUGAGUAAAAGAUUAGUUUUAUUCCCAGCAAGUAGACAUCUUCUUUUUCUUAAGUUAAAUUAUGUUACUUGUUUGGCUGUUCAUAUAGUCAUGGUGCUCUCCGAAAAUAUAUUGAUGUAGUCUUGUAGACAACUGCUCACUUAUGCAGUGCAUCUAAGCCUUUUGCCUGGGGAUGUACUUGGGUAGACAGAUUACCCUGGGGCAGGACUCUUAAGGCCCAGAAAGACAGAGGCGGCUCCCUCUGUGUGUUGUAGACCCUUGCUUCUCAAAGUAUGAUUCACUGACCAAGAGCAUCAACAUCUCCUGGGGCUUAUUAGAAAUGCAGACUCUGAAGCCCCACUCCAAACCCAGUGCAUUUUUAAUGAGAUCUCAAGUGAAUCGUAUGCACAUUAAUGUUCAGGAAGCAUUUUCCUUGUGGAAUAAACAUCACCCCUAGCUUCCUUGUCUUCCCCGUGACUGAACCACUUAACCUCUCUAGGUGUUACCUGCUUAUUUGUAAAAAAUUGCCUCACCUGCCCUCACAUUGAGGACACGUUCAAACCUCUUUGGUGUUUGGCCUGUUCCUCAAACUUGUGAAAACCAUUCUUAGUAGGGAACAGAUAUGCCCUCACAUUACUGAAAGGCGGUGGCUAUUUUCACAGUGCUGGGGGCACAAGAUAAUCUAAGAGCCCCACUGGGAUGCAGGGGAGGGAGGCUGGGCUGGAACCAGUUCCUGCUUUAGCAGGAUGGGGGGGAAGAAUUGACAGGUAAUACUUUGUAGUUUCCCUUGAUCCUCUGGCUCUUUUCCCCAGCUCUUUCCCUAUGCUGCCCCACCCCCACUCCUUAGCAGUUCUGAUUUGUACUUCUCCAUGGCUGUGGCUUCUCCUUCCUAAAAAGAUAGGGGAGCUGAGUAAGCGAGUAAAGGAUGAACUGCUUUUUUAUUUACAUGUUGAUGUACUUAUUAUCUUUCAUGUCCUGUAUAUAUGUAUAACAAUAACUUCAUGCCACCUUUAAAUGAAUCAUUGGUAGUACACGUCAUGUUGGAUCCUAUAAUCACAGUUUUUCUAGCUCAUCUUUUUGUCCAAAACCUAUUGAGAAAGGAAAAUAUGGGAAAUAGAACCACUUGAUCAGAAUACAACCAAUGGUUUUUAAACAUUGUUAAUUUAUGAUAACUGACUUACAUUCAAAACACUUAAACCUUGAGGCUUGUGAUCUGAGUUAUUAGCACACCCUUCAUAUGCUGAUAUGAUGCUGGGACCAGAAGAUAAAAGUGAUACCUAAAGGGUUAAUGUGCAACGUUAUUUUUUGACCUUGUGCAUGAUUUGAUGUUUUCAAUGUUCUGUGUACAUAUAGAAUUGUUAAAGUUGUUAUUUCCAAUAUUUAUAUUAGAAAAAUUAUUUAGAUACUUUAUAAUUUUAAUCAACAUUUUUAAUAAUGACACUUGCACUUAUUGUAUUAUAAUAAAUUUCACUUUUAACAGAGAAGAAAAGUUUAAUUUUAGAAGUCUUUAUUCUGAUGUUGCCUUGCUUAAAAGAUAACAAAAGAGUGAGAAUUUCUUGAUGUUUUGAAAUGGCAGUUUUGAGCAGUAAUCUGUCUUGCAAUAGAGAAUAGUAAUUAGUUUUAAGAUACCAUUUUGAAUGUCUAGUUGACUUGUAAUAGCUUUUCUUUCUAAGACAGCAAUAGUGAUUAAUUUCUACUACCUUUUGCAAAAGUGUCUUCAUUGCUUAUACACAUUUCAAAUAACCAAAGUAGCCUUAAUAUGUAGCCUUAAAGCAUUACCUCUUGAUUGUAUUUCCAGAAUGAUAAAAAGCACUUGUAUAUAGAGAAUUUGAAGUGAUAGAUUAAUAUGUUUGCUGUGUAUCUGAAAAGAAAGACACUUAUUCUGCAGUGCCUAAGUUAUCAUUUAAACCAUGAAUGUCAUUAGGAAGUAUUGCUAUAUAUGAAUGUACAAUACAAAAGUUUUAUCCUGGUGUCACAAAUAUUGGGCAUUUUUUUCCUUAUAGAGAGGUUCAUUUUUUCCCUAUAUAUUGUAGAGUAUAUUUGGAGAUGUAAAGCAUAUUGAUUACAUUCUAAAACUGAGAAUACACUUCAAAAAUUGCCCAUGAGUCAGUAAUCUUAUAAAAGGAUUUUUAAUCAUGUUCCAAACAACUGGCUUACAGGCAGACUUUGAAACACUUUUUCCACAAAAACGAUGUUAUGAAUUGGUGACAGAGUUUCCAUGCCAAGCCUUCCAAGGCAGGCUAAACCUCCCAAGGCAGCUAAACCCUAAUAUAGCUGAUCUAAGAUACUGAAGGUACCUGUCUGAGUUUUAGUCUUGGAAACAGGGUAGCACGAGUAGUUUGGAGGAAGGACAGUGCAAAUUUCUACCCCUUUUCCUAAGAACAAGGUCUUUCUCACUUUGACUCCUAAUGCCCUUAUGGUCCAGGUAUACCCAUGUGAGUUUUGCUCCCCUCUUCUCCCAGCUGGGGGCCUUCCUCCUACCCUGCCCCACACAUGAGGUUCUUCAUUUUCCAAAGUUAUCCAUUUUUCUACUCCAUUAAUCAGUUUCUAAGUACAGCUGAUAACGUGUGGUGUUGAGAAGAAUGCAAUCUGAUCAAACUUCUUCACACAAAGAAUGAAUGACUUGUGAUUAUUUUCCCAACAUUUGAACUCUUAUUGGUACCUGCAUCAUGCAGUUUCCACUGAGUGCUGCAGCUGCAUGCCUAUGAGAGAAUGCCUCGUAACCCACUUACUCAUUCACGGAGAUGUCAGUGUUUCCAGGUAAAAUGGAAAAACAUUCCAGCAAUUUAUAGAAGAAUAGCAAUAUUUUGGGACAGGGACAAAUUUGUCCCAUCUCAUUCAUUCCUCAGGGCGAGUUCUCAGCUGGUCUUACUUUUUAUAGUUAAUUCUUUUCCUUUACUUGGGAAACCACAGAUUUUUCUUAAAGUCCUCAGAAAAUCUUUACCUCUGAUUAUCUCCUGGAUGAGGACUCUUCUAGAGAUUGAACUGUUUCAUUAUGUUAGUAAUAGACUUUAUGCUCUUAGGGAAUAGCUUAGGCAAUGUCACAAAAAUGUGCCUUUUCAAAGUUUGCAAAACUCAGAUUUUGGACCCUAAUAGAACCAAAAUAUUUGUGAGAAUGCUAGCAUUUUCUAAGCAUGACAAACUAGUUCACAACUGGGAAAUAUUAUUUCUGUAAAUGAAUAUUAUCUGUGCAUUUUAAUUUUUCCAUUCUGCCUCAUGAAGUACCCUAUUUGCAAAAAUCUUAUUGUGUAAUAGCUCAUGCAUUCUAAUCCACUUUCAGAUAGCCAUACUAAUGGGAUGGAGCAGUGAUAUGUGUAACCCCAGUUGUGAUGGGAAAGAUCCCUGAGACCGCUUUAGGAUGCAUUAUACUCGUGUAUGCAUGAUGAGGAUGAUUACUUUUUAAAUAAAGCUUGUCAUUGACUCUUUAA